AGGAUGGAAUUUUACGAAAAUUUGAUAAACCUUCAUUUAGAUUACUUUAGUGCUCGUGACCAGUCCACUUUGAACUAGCACUUGUAUUUUAAACUUCUGUAAAUAUUACAGUUAUUAAAAGUAGUUUAUUUUAAGUUCUUUUAAAUCAAUAAAAGUUCAAUAUAUUUAUAUCUUUUAACUGUCAAUCCAAGUGUCACAUAGUAUUGUCAAAAUGAGUAACGAAAAGACGGUGCCGAAUGCAAUAAAAUUCCUUUUUGGAGGAACCGCAGGAAUGGCCGCCACUUGUUUUGUUCAACCAUUAGAUUUAAUAAAAAAUCGAAUGCAAUUAAGUGGUACAAAAACAUCAGCAAUAAGUGUAAUGUCUUCAGUGACAAAAAAUGAGGGUUUCUUAGCUUUUUAUGCGGGUUUAUCUGCUGGUUUAUUGCGUCAAGGUACAUAUACUACAACCAGACUUGGUGUAAAUGCGUGGUUGUAUGAAAUUGUUUCAAAGGAUGGUCCGCCAAACUUUCUUAUGAAAGCAUUAAUAGGUAGUACUGCUGGUGCUAUAGGAGCAUUUGUAGGUACACCUGCUGAAGUUGCUUUGAUUAGAAUGACUGCAGAUGGUAGACUACCUGUUGUUGAGAGACGAAAUUAUUCAAAUGCAUUUAAUGCAUUAGUUCGUAUAGCCAGAGAGGAAGGUUUUUUAGCAUUGUGGAGAGGUACUGUUCCAACAAUGGGAAGGGCUAUGGUUGUAAAUGCAGCUCAGUUAGGAUCAUAUUCUCAAUCUAAAGAAAUGUUGCUUGAUACUGGCUAUUUUGAAGAAGGUAUUCCAUUACAUUUUGUAAGUUCCAUGAUAUCAGGUUUAGUAACAACUCUUGCUUCUAUGCCAGUUGAUAUUGCUAAGACAAGGAUUCAAAACAUGAAAAUUGUGGAUGGUAAACCAGAGUUUAAAGGUGCAAUAGAUGUCAUAGUUCAGGUGUGUAAAAAUGAGGGAUUAUUUUCAUUAUGGAAGGGAUUCUUUCCUUAUUAUGCUCGUUUAGGUCCUCAUACUGUUUUGACAUUCAUUUUCUUUGAGCAAAUGUUUACCAUAUAUAAAACAUAUAAAGCUUAACAACAGAUAAUAGAAACCUUAUGCAUAUAUAUAUUCCAAAUAGUUGUAAUUCAGUGUGUUUCUUGAAUAAUAUUUAAUCAUCUAUAUUUCAUGCAAAUCUUCCAAAAAAUACACUUAGAAGAUAGUUCAUAUAUAGUAUUGUGCAAUACCAUCAUUUUAUAGUCAGUACAUAUUUUUUUUUAAACGCACACUUCUUAUUAAGUUUUUAGCAAAUUGUCUAGUAAAGAUAUUUUAUAAUUUGAACAUUGGUUCCAAGCUACUUUGUACAAACUUAAAUGUACAAAUUUUAUUUGUAACUUAGAUUAUUGUUAGAACCCUUUACAUGUUUAUUUUUAUAUUGAUAAAUCUGAAUAUCUUUAAUGUAUAAAACUGCCACAUUCUAUGAACAUUCUUUUAAAAGUUAGAGGGAGACAGAGCAAACAAAUUGUUCAAUAUAUUUUUUUUUAUAUGUUUAUAAGAUAGAAAAAAGUAUUCUAUUAUUUUGUAACAUUUUUAUGUAUGUACAAGGUUUGUUAUCAUAAAUUCCAAGUUAGUCAAAAUAUUUGCAAUAAAUGUCAUUUUAUAGGAUUUGUAUGAAUUGAAAUACAAUAAAAUGUAUAAGUAUAUUGAUUAAAAUUUAUUGUAUGUUACUUAAACUGUACAGAUUAUUGUUAAAUAAAAAAAAGAAAAUUAUUUUUGUGUAUAA